AACACAGUCUGGUUGGGGGGAGGGGGGGCAGGCCGCGCACUGUGCAUACUCCCAUUCUUUUCUUUUUCCUUCUAGUUCCAUACUCUAUUGUAACAAUGUUUCGCUCUAUUCAACGCUUAGCUGUCUUAUCCAACACACGUAUUUUAUCUCGCGGUGAAUUCUUGCACAAAAAGAGUGCACUGCGUGCAUUUUCCGGCUUAAACACACUUCAACCAGCCUCCUUGAAUUUAAAACGUCAAGGUGCUAUCUUCAACUAUGGAUUUCAUACACUCUCACCAUGCUUUGAACAAGAGCAAAAAAUCUCAAAAGAAGAGGAAGAAGCGAUCGAUCCUAACCAUAAAAUGUUGAUUGGCUUCACAUGUAAAGUCUGUCAAGAUCGUUCGCAUCACGUCAUGUCAAAACACUCAUAUACCAAGGGAGUGGUGUUGAUCCAAUGUCCUGGAUGUAAGAACCGUCACUUGAUUGCCGAUAAUUUAGGUUGGUUCAGAGAUAGCAAGACAACCAUUGAGGAUCUUGUCAAGGAAAAGGGUGAGGCCAUUCGACAUGUCGUUGUGGACGAAGCCGGUGUUGAAAAAAUGGGCGAUUUAAUGGAAUGGUUGCCAGAGAUUGCACAUGAGGAAAAAGUGAAAAAGGCAGAAGCAAAGAUAAAGGCUGACGAAUUAAAGGAAUCACAAAAGGAAGAAUAGACUGUUUUUUUUUAUUAUGUGCUUGAAAUGUAUUUGAAAUAAACAAACGUAAACACUGCCAUGAAUAA